GUGGAGGUGAGUAUAAGGCCAAGGCAGGGGGUUCGGGGUAUUAUCUUCGCUUCUUUGUAUGUGGGGAAGGAUGUACAACAAACGCUAAUAUGAUAUUUGACGGGUAUGGUAGCAUACUGCACACGAGCAAUUCAAAGGCUAUUUCCAUCUGCUGUCACAUGUGAAUCAUUGUUCAUUCCAAUGUACCGCACCAUUGCUAUGUCGCAACGAUCAUUUUCUGAUCGGUAUUAUACAAAGAAGCACGAAUGGGUUAUCGUUGAAGGUAAUACAGCAGUUGUUGGAAUCAGUGAUUUUGCGCAGGCAGCGCUUGGUGAUAUUGUUUAUGCGGAACUGCCUGAAAUUGGCAAAGAACUGCAUGCAGGUGAUUCAGCUGGAGCAGUUGAGAGUGUCAAGGCGGCAUCAGAUAUCUAUUCACCUAUUUCUGGAACAGUUACGGAAAAGAACAUCGAAAUUGAAAGCAAUCCAUCAUUAAUCAAUAAAUCUGCCCUUAGUAAAGGUUGGUUGUACAAACUGAAACUGAAGGAUGCAAAUGAACUGAAAGAACUGAUGAAUGAGGCAGCUUACGAAGCAUUUAAGAAAAUUGAAGAAGCUGCUCAUUAAAUAUCUUAGCUUCAGUCAAUAGUUUUAAUACUUUAACCACUGCUAAUUAAUUCAUCAGCCGAUUUUGUUAAUGUAUCUUUAGACUUUUAUGAAAUGUUAGAAUAAUUUACCCGACGCUAAAUAGCUACUUGUAAAUGUCUUUCAUAAAUUUCAUAAUUGAGCAUAAUCAUUAUAGAGCUGAAGAUAUCUUCUCUGCAUGAUAAUUUAAGCGGUCGAAUGUUCCCAAAAACUUGCAUUCUGCUUUUAAACGUUUUGAAUAAAUCUCCACUGUCCAAUUUUCAUGACGAUUGUUGCAUAAUAAUGUUAUUUCGCAUUGUUUUUCU